ACAGAUUUUCCUGAUGAUAAAUAAUUUAAUGUAAAAGUGACAAUAUGUCGUGCCAUUUCUAAUCCAGCCAAUAUAUUGCUCUUGUGUGUUCUCUCUAUAUGUAUAAGCCCAGAACCACUGCAAGGAACUUCAGACACGCGUGUUGUAUCUCUUUCUGAUUGAACCACUGAUUCCACACAUACACUCUUCUUAGAUGCAGCAAGCAAACAGACGCUCCACUAUCAACCGAUCCGGCUGACUGGCUUGCACAUCUCACAAACACAAUAAGGACAGAGUUUGUUCGGAGAGGACCAAAUCAGAUUCACUUUUAAAAUAUCUGGCACCACCUGCUGCAUCAAUUGACGAGGAACAGCCAAGCACCUCAGCUGUGCCAGCAUCCUCAGAUGCAGCAAGCAAACAGACGCUCCACUAUCAACCGAUCCGGCUGACUGGCCUGCACAUCUCACAAACACAAUAAGGACAGAAUUUGUUCGGAGAGGACCAAAUCAGGUACACCUGAUUUCAUUUUUCCAUGGAGAGAUGAUGGGAGAAGUUGCCACCACCAGUACUUCAGCAGGACCUUAAUAAAUGGAGAAAGGAUAAAAAAAAAAUUGGUUGACAUAUUCAAAAAGAAAACAGUCUUUUUUGUUUUUGUUUUCAACUUUUCUCCCCAAAACAAUUUUUUUUAACAAAUGGAGAACUGUCUGAUUGGAAAAAUGCAAGUGCUGCUCUAAACAGCCACGAAAACAGUCCGGAACACCUGAACAAUUUGGCGUCAUGGAAAGAAUUGGCAGUUCAAAUAAAACAAGGUACAACCAUGGACAAACAAGAGCAGGCCCUCUUAGAGGCAGAGCAGAGUCGGAGGAGAGCAGUGCUGACAGGACUGGUUGCUAUUGUACAGUCGCUGGCUGUGAAAAUAUGGCAUUUAGAGGAAACACAGAAAUACUCCACUCUCCUUCAAAUGGAAACAUUUUGAAAGAAGUUGAGCUUAUGGCACAGUUUGACCCAGUGAUGAAAGACCACAUCCACAAGAUUAAAUGUGAACCAUCACACCACAGAUUGCACCCCGGAUGUUAGCCACAUUGAACAGCUGUCAGUAGUGAUAUGAAUUUUGACAUUGGAAGAAGACCCCCAGGUUAAAGAGCACUUCAUGGAAUUCCUAGUAGCAGAGGAGUCCACUGGUGAAAGUUUGUCUGCCCUGAUUUUGAAGAGGGUGGAGGAGUUGGAGAUUGCCUUUGAUGACUGCAGAGGACAGUCGUAUGACAACGGGGCAAAUAUGAGAGGAAAGAACAAGUGAGUACAGGCCAGGCUACUGCAACUGAACCCAAGAGGUUUGUUUGUGCCGUGUGGGGCACAUAUACUCAAUUUGGUCAAUUCUGAUGCUGCCAAAAGCUCCAAAGAUGCCAUAUUAUUUGUUAGUAUUGUGCAGAAGCUAUACUGCUUGUUUUCUGCCUCUACACAGAGAUGGGCCAUCCUCAAGAAAAAUGUCAACCUUUCGCUCAAAAUGUGGUCAGAAACCAGAUGGGAGAGCAGAGUGAAAGCUGUGGGACCUCUGCGAUAUGAAGCCACAGCUGUAAGAGAGGCACUGCUUGAGGUUAGAAUCCAGGCCAAAGACCCAAUCAUCAGGAUUGAAGCCCAGUCUCUGGCAGAAGAAGUGGGGUCAUUCUGCUUUUCACUGUGCACAGUGGUCUGGUAUGAUGUGUUGAUUCAAAUUCAGCAGGUGAGCAAUGCUGUCCCAAACAAUGCAAGUGGAUGUAGCAGUAAGUACUGAAAAAGACUGAAAAAGCUCUUGAGUCCUACAGAGCCACAGGCUUUGUGGCUUCACAAACAUCAGCCAAGGCCAUAUGUGAAGACAUGAAUGUGGACGCUGUCCUUGUGUAAAGAGGCUAAAGUCCACAAAGAGACACUUCUCAGUGAACUUGACUAAAUACACUAGGGCCAGCCCUGUUUGUAAACACGGCGUAAUACGAGUUGUCUGUUCCGCGAUCAACACGUAAACUAUAAAGAGCGCUUUGAGGCCGAACCCCCUCCAGAACUCGUUAGCUGGCUUUUCCCGGUGAAACCUUCCACUCACUGCUGUCGACAUGGAGAGUCUGCUCCGUGCAUUGGCCGUGCUGGCCGUGUUGUUCGUGGGGUUGUUCCAGCACGGAGCUGUUGUGGCCUUCCGGCCGUACACAUCUGUGCUGACUGUGCCAAACGGAGCGCCAUGGGGAACAUGGACGUGGCCCGACAUGUGUCCUCCCCAUUUCUUUGCUGUUGGCUUCAGUACCAGGGUGGAGGCCAAACAGGGCAGUGGCGACGACUCGGCCAUGAACGGCAUCCGCCUCAUCUGCGCCAAAGACGAGCAACGGAGCUCCACGUCCACUGUGAAUUCUCACCCUGGCCACUGGGGCGACUGGUCCAACGCUCAGUACUGCCCCAGUGGCGUGCUCACCUCUUUCCAGCUCCGCGUGGAGGGCCGUCAGGGUGGCGGUGACGACUCCGCCGUCAACAACAUCAAGUUCCGCUGCAGCAGUGACCACGUGCUGGAGGGCACCGGCCUGGACUGGGGGGAGUACGGCGAAUGGAGCCAGGUUUGUGUCAACGGAGGAAUCUGCGGCAUCGAGACCAAGAUAGAGGAAGAACAGGGGGAAGGGGACGACUCCGCCCUCAACGACGUGCGCUUCCAUUGCUGUGCCGGAGCCUAGCAGCAAUUUAUAGGUUAGCAGCAUGGUCCACUCACCUGUGAUUGACUGGUGAGCAGCUUGGUCCGCCCCUCCUCCGUCACCCUGAAUUAAACAAUGAUUAAUAAUAAAGUGCUCAUUUGAAUCGC